CAACAAAACUUUAACAUCAGCAGUCACUAUUUAGACACACUCUCGUCAUGAGGUCCACAAACAGUAUCAGCUAUAAUGAAUUGCAAUUUAAAAUCGAUAAUAAACUGCAACAAAUGCAAAAACGAAAAAUUCAUUCCAGAACUAACAGUGGCAAAAGUAAAGAUCCUGCUAAAGUUUUACAUCUCAUCAAAUGGAAUACAAUUAAUAGGCAACACAUGCAGCAGUAUCAAAAACAAAAGAAUCCCAUUAAUAAUGAUGUAAAAGUUGUAAAACCUUUAAUGAAAGCAGAGGAGUUAAAGGAUAUCAUCAAUCGUGUUAUGCUGUUACAAAAAUCUCUUAUUGAAUUGAGUAAAAGUAUUGGAGACUAUCGACGUCUGCAGAUCGCCUGCAUAUUCUUUCAAUGUUCUUUGUCCAUUGUCUUUAAUGCCUAUAAUUUGGUGGUUUUUCUUUUAAUAAUUGCCAAUGAUGCUGGUGAUGUUCCCCUUUCACUUGCCAUGUUGGUAUUUUUCUAUGGUUAUCACAUUGCCAGUUCUCUUUCGGAUAUAAUUAUCAGUGUGUCUGCAUAUCAUGGAGUCUAUGAAUCGAUUCGUAAAACUGCCUCUAUAGCUGAUGAACUUAAUAUGUAUAUUUUGGAAGGAGAAAUUAAUGCCAGGAUCUCUCAAUUAUCCAGCUAUGUCUACAAUAACUUAAGAACAUUUACUCUAUUUGGACUUUACAACAUUGAUGGCACUUUAAUAACUUCUAUUUUAUCUGGAACCAUAACAUACAUUAUAAUUCUUAUACAAUACAGUGAUAAUGAAAAUUUUCAAUAUAUAGAACAUUUAAAUACGAAUACAAGCAAAACAUAAAGUUAAGCCUAAAAGACAAUUUAAAUAAUCGA